AUGGCCCUGGGCUUAUCCAUCUCUGAUCUAGCCUUACUGAUCGACCAAGGCAAAAAGUUCGGCAAUUUUGUUCGCGCUGGACAAAACGACAACGAUCUGUUUGAUGUUCUCGAUGAAGACCGAGAAGCGGUACUCAAAAGGCGUGGACUUGCGAAUGCAACUGAGAUGGAGAAGAGAUGGCCAAUGAUGGAUUUUGUCCACCAAGGAGUAAAGGUAAAGGGCACGAUCGUGCAAGGCUCGCGAACUGGAUCGUCUUUGCGCGACGCGAAUCAUCGGAAAAAGAAGGCGAGCGCUCGCGACGAUGUGGACAGCUUCACGUGGGUUAUGGUCGCGAUCACUUCCGCGUUGGAUGAAUGUCUGCCAUCAAGUGAGAUUCAAGAGAUGCUAAUUGACGUCUUUGUCGAAGUAUUGGGUCGCGACGAUGACAUUACACCUGCACUGAGAGUGACCAUCAAAAAGAACAUCGAGUCUUGGAGGUCUUUCGGAUGUGCUAGGGAGAUAGCCUUCGCGAUCAAGAAGGAGAUGCGGAAGAGUCUAGCGAACGGCACAUCCGAUCCGUCCUUAGCACGUGCCAUCCCUCAGCUGAACGAAGCAGAAACGGAACACACGAGACAUAUGCUGAUAUGGCUCCUCAACGGGGAUGUGGCCGUCUUCAAUGCCAUGUCUCCAAUCACCUUUUCUAUUGCUGAAGCUUUGAGAAAGGUCAAUCUCUAUCUCUGCACGGAUGGUCGCCCUGCCCACGAGGGACAAGCAUGCGUCAUGUAUCAUCAUGAAGGUCAACGUCUUGGAAUGCCUGGCUUCGGCACCAUUCCGGUCCCAAGAGGAUUAAGUUCCAGACCUCUCCAGAUCUCAUGGCCUCGCGACAAUCCUGAGUCAAUGAUCGACGCGCUUGGAGUCGGUCGCUUGUUGGAGAACCUCAUGAAUCAAUCCUGGCAGCGUGGGAAGAUUGCUGCCGGUGCUAUGGAACUGGUAGGACAAGCGGACGGACCGUAUGAAGCCACUCAAGAGGUUUAUUACUCCCUCCAGGUUUCUGACCAUACACGCGUCAGCAAAAAAUACGACCCUCACAUCGGUAUGCUCGCCGAUCAAGGACUUCCCGCAGACACCGAAGACACAUAUAGUGCUCUGGAGUGGAUUCUACAAGGGGAGCCACCAGACAGCUCGCGGUGGCUUCACAACCAUGUUGCGCAAGACUAUCUGCUCCGAGUCGACAAAGCAGAUGCGCUUCCCGAAGAUCUGUACAGACCGGUAUAUCUCAAGUACCAGGCCUUUGUAUUUGGCUUCUACUAUCAGCUUCUGACACAACUCUUAUCCUUCACAUUGGUGGAAGCUACCGCCUUCUUCCAUGGGAUAUGGGGUGCAAACAGCACAACAUUCUUAGCCAUGUGCACUCAGCUCGGUCGAUGUUGGCGGCGGGAUGAGAAAGUUAGUCGGGCCCAUAUGCUCUAUGUCCUUUCAGCAAUGUACAACGGCCGUCGCAAAGUUUAUGACACAGACUCGAAGCUUCCCCGUCUUAUCGGUGUUCUUGGACCCAUCUCGGUGCUAGCACUGCCCCUCGUCCGUACUACAGACGACCCCAAGGAAAUUGCCAGGAUUGCCAUCGUCGACCUGCCAAUAGUUGAUCUCAGCGCCGAGGGUGCUGAUGGGGAUCUCAUGGCAAGCGAAGGCGGAGGAAUACGUUUCGAAUUCCCUGGUACGGACGACAGCUCCACAACUAUCACACAGCCAGCUUGUCCCAAAGACGACUGGAUCGUACACCCAUACAUGAGCAUAGCAUUAGGUGGAGAUGGCAUCAGUGGUGUGGUCAUGGCAGCUCGGUGUGGCAAGAGGCUUGUUGGGUGGUUCAACCCACUGGCUGCCGACAUUUCCUUCCUCAGUCCAGCCUAUGUGAAGGAGUCCUACAGUGAAGGCGAUGUGGUUGCAUUCGAAGUAAGGGACGAACACUGGGAAGCUGGCAAGGCUCUACAGCCAAGCUUGAGCAACCCGGGCUCUGCAUUCGGCGUCGUACGCUCUCACAAAUCUCCCAGUCAUCGGUAUGCCGCUGCUGGUUUCUAUGCUGAGCGAGGCGAAGAGAUAGCGAUUGCUCGUUCCGCUACUGAAUUCCGUGGCGCCUUCGACAGGAUCGAAGCGCAAGAUCGCGGUAUGGUCAUCGCGUGA